UUAGGCAAUGGGAAAAAUUUCGAAUUCAUAAGCGAACUCACACGGGCGGGACGAUAUAUACGUGCGCGCUGUGUAAUAUGAAGUUUGCAAAUGUCUGGAAAUUGAAUGCGCACAAACGAACACAUACAAACGAGCGGCCACACGCAUGUGGGAUAUGUGGAAAGCGGUAUACACGAGCUUCUCAUUUAACGAGACAUAAUCGGUAUCACACUGGUGAAAAACCGUUCUCCUGCAAGAUGUGUGAUAAGAAAUAUUCGGGACAAGAUUCUUUGAGCAAACACAUACUAAGUCAUACUGGAAUGAAGCCUUAUUCUUGCGAAGUCUGCAAAAAACGGUUCGUGCAAAAGGGCCAUUUGAACACACACAUAUUGAGCCAUACUGGAGCGAAGCUUUAUUCUUGCGAUAUCUGCAAAAAACGGUUCACGCGAAAGUUCGAUUUGAACACACACAUACGAAGCCAUACUGGAGUGAAGCCUUAUUCUUGCGAAAUCUGCAAAAAACGGUUCGCGCAAAAGAGCAGUUUGAACACACACAUAUUAAGCCAUACUGGAGCGAAGCCUUACUCUUGCGAAAUCUGCAAAAAACGGUUCGUGCAAAAGGACAGUUUGAACACACACAUAUUAAGCCAUACUGGAGCGAAGCCUUAUUCUUGCGAAAUCUGCAAAAAACGGUUCGCACAAAAGAGCUAUUUGAACAGACACGUAAAAAGCCAUACUGGAGUAAAGCCUUACUCUUGCGACAUCUGCAAAAAACGGUUCGCUCACAAGGGCAGUUUAAAAACACACAUACUAAGCCAUACUGGAGCGAAGCCUUAUUCUUGCGAAAUCUGCAAAAAACGGUUCGCACAUAAAGGCAAUUUCAACACACACAUACUAAGCCAUACUGGAGCGGAGCCUUAUUCUUGCGAAAUCUGCAAAAAACGGUUCGCGCAAAAGAGCAGUUUAAAAACACACAUACGAAGCCAUACUGAAGCGAAGCCUUAUUCUUGCGAAAUCUGCAAAAAACGGUUCGCGCAAAAGGGCAGUUUGAAAAGACACAUACUAAGCCAUACUGGAGCGAAGCUAUAUUCUUGCGAAAUCUGCAAAAAACGGUUCGCGCAAAAGGGCAGUUUGAAAAGACACAUAUUAAGCCAUACUGGAGCGAAGCCUUACUCUUGCGAAAUCUGCAAAAUACGGUUCGCGCGAAAGGGCAAUUUGAACACACACAUACGAAGCCAUACUGGAGCGAAGCCUUAUUCUUGCGAAAUCUGCAAAAAACGGUUCGCGCAAAAGGGCAGUUUGAAAAGACACAUACUAAGCCAUACUGGAGCGAAGCCUUAUUCUUGCGAAAUCUGCAAAAAACGGUUCGCACAUAAAGGCAAUUUCAACACACACAUAUUAAGCCAUACUGGAGCGAAGCCUUAUUCUUGCGAAAUCUGCAAAAAACGGUUCGUGCAAAAGAGCAGUUUGAACAGACACAUACGAAGCCAUGCUGGAGCGAAGCCUUACUCUUGCGAAAUCUGCAAAAAACGGUUCGCGCGAAAGUCCAAUUUGAACACACACAUACUAAGCCAUACUGGAGCGAAGCCUUAUUCUUGCUUCAAAUCAGAUAUUUUAAGAAUUUAAAAAACCAUAAUAUGCGAGGUACGUUAAAUGAACUUUUAGCACUAGACACGGUUAGAGUACAUUUAAAAUAAAUAAAUAGAUAAAAUAAAAUAAAAAGCCUUUAUUAAUAGGGAGUAUUACACUAGUGACUUAAGUAUACCAUAGAGUAACUUAUACAUACUAUACCUUAAACUGUUUUUUGACAACUUUUCACAGACAAUCAAAUAUGACAUUGAUACAUCAAGGCGGUUUGUUUACUAAGGGUCUACCGGGAAACGCGAAAUCGAAACUCAGCUACCUGCCUCUUUAUCACACGAAUAUGCAAGAGUGAUAGAGAGGUUAGAUAACAAAAUUUCGACUCUCUUCGUUUGCGGUAGACCCUUAGAUUGUGAUUUAUUGUGGGAGUGACGCCACCUACGCAGAGUUUCGCGAAAUGUUCCCUAUUCUCUACGAGAUUAAAGUAUGUCGUAUGGAACAGGGAUCGGAACCGGUUUUUUGCAAAAACUUCGAAAUAACCAUAUUUUUCGAAUUAUUUUGUACUCGAAAUGUAGGACUCAGUUGUGUGUUUAGAUAACGACUUCGUAUUAUUAGAUUGCCCAAUUAGAAAUGAAAUAAUUAGCAAAGAACGAAAAAAUACCGUUUUCGUUCCCAUACAAAAAAUACCGGUAUCCGAUCCCUGGUA